CUGUGACUCUCAACCAACCACAAACCUUUCUCUCAUGCAACGGCGUAACUGCCAGGAAGAUGCCCAACUUUUUACGUCGGUUAACCUCUUUCCAGGACUAACACUGGCAGUUAACCCCACCGGCCCUGAAAAACUCCAAAUGGCUCGCAAAAGUUAUGGCCGUGGCCGACGAAGAAGACUCGAUCUCUCACCGCCUCUCUUGAGAUUUUUAUUGAACAGUUUGUCGGCGAAACCUUUAAAAACCCAUUUUACCCCGCAUUUCUCACCGUCCAAGCCUUACCUUGUAUCGCCUUGUUUUCUCUCUCGAAACCGGAAUUAGUACCCAUCGAUCCUUGUACCUUAACAAAUGAACCCAGAAGACCAAAAAUCCUCAAAAUCGCCCCUUAAGCCUUCCCAUUCAUCUUCCACAACGGAGCCGGAGACGACGCCGUCCUUGUUACAGCCAUUGAUGGGUUCUCAACUGUUCCCUCCUGGGUCUUUGAGUAUGGAGGAUAUGAGCUACUCUGGGUCUCCUUUAUCUGCGUCACUCCCUUCUCCUUUAGAGGAGUUUGGAGCAUUCUCUGCUAUAGAACAAUCAGUUUAUUCUCCUUCAGAGAUGUGUGAAUUCGGAGCAAAUCCUCUAUCUGAAAGGUCUCCUACUAGACCGUCUUGUGGAGGAUAUACAGCUGAUGACUCGGAGGAGAACAUUGGAGUGCCGCAGCCUCUUGCGAGUUUACAGGAGAAUCCAAUACCGCCGUUUCUGUCGAAAACUUAUGAUCUCGUGAAUGAUCAGACGCUGGACCCCAUUAUCUCGUGGGGAAACACGGGGGAGAGCUUCGUGGUUUGGGACCCGGUGGAAUUCGCUAGGGUCAUACUGCCUCGGAAUUUCAAGCACAACAAUUUCUCCAGUUUUGUUCGGCAACUUAAUACUUAUGGGUUCCGCAAGAUUGAUAGUGAUAAGUGGGAAUUCGCCAAUGAAGCUUUCCGGCGAGGUGAGAGGCAUCUGUUGAAGAAUAUACAGAGGCGCAAGUCACCCCAAUCCCAGCAGGUUGGUAGCUACACUGGGCCUUCUACUGAAGUAGGAAAGUCAGAACUGGAAAGUGAAGUAGAAAGAUUGAGGAAAGAGAGGAGCAUGAUGAUGCAAGAGGUUGUAGAACUGCAGCAGCAGCAGCAUGGAGCUGUUCAUCAUAUAGAAGCAGUGAAUCAAAGGCUUCAGGGAGCAGAGCAGAGGCAGAAGCAGAUGAUUUCAUUCCUGGCAAGGUUGUUCCAGAAUCCAUCGUUCUUGGCCCGCCUUAGGCAAAAUAAGAAACAGGGAGAUAUUGGUUCAUCAAGGAUGAAGAAGAAGUUUGUCAAGCACAAGCAACAUGAGCCAGGUCAAUCUGAAUCACCUGUGGAAGGGCAGAUUGUGAAUUACAGACCAGAGUGGACAAAUUUCUCAUCAUCCACUGUAGUCCCAACUCUAAACCUUGUUCCUGUUGAACAAUCUCCUGACUACAUCUUACGAGAGAUGGUAGAAAUGGGUCAAGAUGCUGAAGCCAUGGCUUUUCAAAUUGAGAAUGUUCCACCAGAUGAGUUUGCCAUAUCAGAUGAACUAGCAAUGGCACAAGGAUUUAUCAAAAGCCCGCAGCAGUUUCAAGAAGGCACCUCAAACUUGGGAAGUGAAGAUCCCCAGAUUACAGGAAAGAAUGUUAUCAGUACAGAACAAGAAGUUGCUCCUGAAUAUUUGGAUUCAUUCCCUGAGGAUUUGGCAGUACAGAAGAAUCUUCCAGAAUUUUCAUCUACUGGGAUUGAAGGCAUUGUGAAACAAGAGGAUGUAUGGAGCGUGGGAUUCGACAACCAAGCUGGUGCAAUCAUUGGGAUGGAGCAUCAUACUUCUGUUGGAUUGGUGCUGUAUUCUAGAUGUCCUGGCAUGAAUGCUUCUGAUGUUGAAGAAUUCUUGCCAUUUAUUUAACCAGUUUAUGGUGCAGAGCAAGUAUUUUAGCUAAAUUAGAUGCAUAUUUUCUUAUUUAGCAAAGUUUCUGAACCUGCCACUCAGCCAAUACCUACGUGGCACAAUUUUGAGCUGCAGUUACUAAUGCAUUGGUCCGAGUUUAGGAUCAUAAUUAUUUUAGCUGUGUCAACUACUGGUGUGUUAGACCUCCUCCUCUUCUUCUUGCCCCCUCGUUUCUUGUUCAGUUUCUAAGUUGCUAACAUCUGGACUGAGCUACAUUUCUUUGGCAUGCAUCCUGCUAAAUUGGAACUUCACUUUGAGCAAGAAGGCAUCUGUGAAAUUGUUGAUAUACAGCAGAAUAGUUGAGGAAGCUUCCCUUAUGCAUCUUUGCAGCGAGAUGCCUUGUGAGCACAGUGAGAAAUUGGAACAAGAACUUCCUUGAACAUGUUUGACAAAGGGUGAUCUCUUUACCUUAUUUUGAGGGGGAAAUAAAACUUCUUACCCUGUGUUAUUGAGAGAAUUGUAACACUAGUCCCCCUUUGCCUUUGUAACCAGGUUUGAUCUUGGAGAGCAUAAUUGCCAGGGGAGGAAAUCUAUUUGGCUGUACUAAACUUCUUACCCCGUUGUCUACUAAGUCAUUUUAGAUGGUUUAGCUUAGGUAUUCACGGUUUUAGUUGGUAUUUUGAGGUGUUAUUUAUAUGUAUUAAUGACUUUACAUCUGUAACAUAAUCAGCCCCUGGUAAUUCAAGUUAUAUUAAUAGCAAAUGGUAGCAAUUUUUUUUA